AUGGGAGACAAUUUCAACGGUAGAGGUCAUUCUGAGCUGCAAACUCAUCUUAUUUGGAUUACUCUAAUAGCUACGGGUGUGGGUGUGGCUACAACGACAGUGUCUGAUGAUGAUGAUGGAAUUUGUGCACGGGCAACAUGGAACCCGAUUGGUAUCACUGUAGCUGGUGGUGGAAGACAAGGAACUGCAUUGGAUCAGUUUAAUUCUCCUGGAGCGUUGUUUGUCGACACUGAUCGUUCUGUGUAUGUUGUUGAUUCUCGCAAUAAUCGAGUCAUGAAAUGGGACUUUGGCGCGAAAAGCGGCACUGUUGUGGCUGGUGGUAUUGAAGCAGGCAGCGACAAUAACCAAUUGAGACGACCUAAUGGACUCGUUAUUGAUAAGAAGAGCGACAGUUUGUUUCUGUGCGACUUGGGAAAUCUACGUGUAGUUCAAUGGUUUCUUGGUGCUAAAAGUGGACAGCCAAUUAUAUCCAAUGUGUCGUGUAUUGGUAUUACGAUGGACAACGAAGGAUCGUUGUACUUGUCCGAAAAUGAUGAAUAUCGUGUUUCAAAGUGGCAAAGAGACGCUACGAGUAGCGAAAUAGUAGCCGGUGGUCAUGGUAAAGGUUCAACUUUGAAUCAAUUGUUUAUGCCGUCGGAUACAUUCGUUGAUCGCAUUCACUCGGUGUUCGUGGCAGAUUAUUGGAACAAUCGAGUAAUGCAAUGGCCUGCCGGAGCGAAACAAGGGAUAAUUGUUGCUGGCGGCAAUGGCCAAGGAAAUCGCACCGAUCAAUUGAGAAAUCCUAGUGCAGUUAAAGUUGAUCGUUUAGGUACCAUGUAUAUCGUUGACGCACUCAAUCAUCGAGUUCUACGCUGGCAUCAAGGAGCUACAGCUGGAAAUGUUAUUGUCGGUACUCACAAAUCUGGCACUGCGGCAAAUCAACUUUGGAAUCCGUCUGAUCUGGCGUUUGAUCAGCAAGGAAAUUUGUAUGUCACUGAUACUGCCAACAAUCGUAUUCAAUUCUUUGCUAUUGACAAGAGUUUGUGUUCUCAAAAUCAGCCCACAAAGAAAUUUUGA